AUGAUCCUCGAUACUCGACAAGCACCGGUGGUCGAGUCGACUAAGAAAAAUCAACACAGAGAGUUGCAGGAUGGAAAACAGCCAUUCUACUUACAGUGGCGCAAGUUGGAACCACUGCGAUCUCGUAACACCCCUCCAGCGCCACAGGAAAGGCAGGUGUCUCGAGAAUAUGCCGCAGGCUUUGCAAGUCUUAUUACCUUUCAAUGGGUUGCCCCAAUCGUGAAGCUCGGUUACAAGCGGGAGUUGGAGAUCCAGGAUAUUUGGACGGUGAACCCAACUCGAUCCGUAAGUAUCCUAUCCGAUAGGCUGGAUGAAGCUUUCCGCGUGCGGCUUAGACACGGAGGGAAAAGGCCGCUAGCCUGGGCUCUAUAUGACACACUAAAAGUCGGACUGUGGGUUGGCAUACUCUCUCAGAUCCUUAGUAUGUGUCUGUUGGUGCUGGCGCCCUUUGUUGUACGACUCCUAAUCGAGUUUGCGAUGGACGCCUAUGUCUCUCAACACAACAGCCUCCCGGGACCGAACCUUGGCAAGGGCAUGGGCUUAGUUGUCGGCCUUGUUGCCAUGCAAUUGGUACAAAGUCUCUCUAGCAACCAGGCAUUCUAUCAAUCUUUGAUCGCAGGCGGCGAGCUGAAGGCGGUCCUCACCCCCAAGAUGUUUUCCAAAGCAAUGAGACUAUCUGGUCGUGCUAGAGCCGGCAGUAAGGCAGGCUACAGCGAUGGACGGAUAACCACGUUGAUGGCCGUGGAUCUGAGCCAUCUCGAGAAAGGCUGUGCAGUGCUCCAUAUACUUUGCGCCGCUCCAAUUGCCUUGAUUAUUGCCUUAAUUACCUUGUUGGUUAAUAUAGGCUACAGCGCCUUGGCAGGAUAUGCCUUCUUUGUUACUAUGACAUGCUUGCUCACUUUUGCUGUUCGGUCCAUUAUCAUUCGACGCAGGGCGAUAAAUACCAUUACAGACAAGCGGGUUAGUAUAACACAAGAGAUCCUGCAGAACGUGAGGUUUAUCAAGUUCUUUGCGUGGGAGAAAAGUUUUCUGGGGCGACUUCGAACGACGCGACAGCUCGAGAUGGACUUGCUUGGGCGUUUUCUGGCGACGCGGCACUCUAUCACUGUUUCCUUUACUACUAUGGCGAACUUCGCCUCGUUGCUAUCCUUCAUGACAUACACGCUGAGCGGUCAUACCCUUUCAUCUGACCGUAUAUUCGCCUCCCUUGCGGUUUUCAACGCGAUUCGACUGCCACUCAGCAUGAUGAAUAUCGUUGUCACGUCUACCGCCGACGCUGUAACAUCUCUCAAUCGACUCCAGGAAUUUCUCCUAGCUGAGGAACGGGAAGACUUUAUUACAUGGGAUAGGACCAUGGAAAAAGCAUUUCAAUUGGAAAGAUCAUCAUUCACGUGGGAGAAUGUACCGGACGUGGAUUCCUUUCCCGUACCAGCCGCUGGACCCUCGACAACAUCACCUUGGAGUGGUACCAUCAAGGCUGCUAGUGCAGCAACGGACAAAGCACCAUUCAGGCUCAUGGACAUUGACUUGCAGGCCUCUCGGGGGGAACUUAUCGCUGUGAUAGGCACUAUUGGUAGUGGCAAGAGCUCCUUGUUAGGAGCUUUAGCAGGUGAAAUGCGGCUAACGGCAGGUUCAGUACGUAUGAGUACAACCCCAGCAUUUUGCCCCCAGUACGCGUGGAUCCAGAAUACCACAAUUCGAAGCAAUAUAUUAUUUGGCCAAGACUAUGAUGAGGUCCGGUAUAACCAGGUUGUCGACGCUUGUGCGCUCCGUGCGGAUCUGGCCACGUUUUUAGAUGGAGAUCAGACUGAAAUAGGAGAGCGAGGCAUCACACUGUCCGGAGGUCAGAGGCAGCGCCUAAAUAUUGCCAGAGCUAUUUACUCUAACUCCGAUAUUAUACUCUUGGACGAUCCGCUAUCCGCAUUGGAUGCAGAUGUCGGGCUCCAUAUCAUGAAUCAGGCGAUAUGUGGUCUACUUAAAGAUCGAUGUAGAAUACUGGCAACACAUCAACUGCACGUCCUUGCUCAUUGUGAUCGAAUUAUCGUCAUGGAGGCCGGCCGGGUUGUUGAUAUUGGUACCUUUGGACAUCUGGUACAAACGAAUGAAGUACUCCAGAGUCUCUUAUCGGUCCAUCAUCAGGACGAAAUGGAAGAAACACCAGGCUCACCUCUGGUUUUUUACGCAGACCAUUUACGAGACGCUGGCCCUAAACUGAAGGCUGAAAAUGGGGAUGCUGCGCCAUUCAUGAAGGAGGAGGAGAGGGUGCGGCAUGCAAGACGGAGAGACAUAUGGAGAGCAUACGCCGUAUCCUCCGGUUCUGUUGCUAAUAUUUUCAUAGUGUUGGCCCUGGCUGUCCUGUCUGCUGGAGGAGCCAUUUUGAGUGGAGUGUGGUUGUCAUUUUGGGCUUCUAACAAGUUUCCACAGCUGGGUUUGGGCCAAUAUCUGGGUAUAUAUGCAGGUAUCACAAGCGGCCAUGCCGUUAUACUGUAUGUGUUCUCAGUGUACGUGACAACCUCUGCAGCCAAUGCUAGCAAAACGAUGCUCGAAGAUGCUAUGGAUCGUGUUCUGCGGGCACCAACCUCAUUCUUCGACACAACGCCGUUAGGGCGUAUUCUCAAUCGGCUCUCAAAAGACGUCCAGGUACUGGAUAAUGAAUUGGGUGAGACAGUACGGCUGUUUCUGUUUCUCUUCCUCCUAGUUGUUGCUAUCAUGGUACUUGUCAUUGUCUACUUCCACUAUUUCGCUCUUGCAGUGGGGCCAUUAGUAGCUAUUGUUAUUCUUGCUACAAUAUAUCACCGGGCCUCUGCUAAAAGUUUGAAGCGACAUGAAGCUGUUCUCCGUUCGGUUGUAUUUGCGAGAUUUAAUGAAGCUAUCACCGGUGUUGCAUGUAUCAGAGCGUACAGCAUGGAGAGCUAUUUCCGACAGAGUAUCGGUCAAGCAAUCGAUUCUGCGAACGCUGCCUACUUCCUCAUAUUUGCCAACCAGCGGUGGCUUUCGGUUCGCCUGGACCUUGUCUGUAAUACAUUACUUCUAGUAACCGGGGUUCUUGUUGUCACAUCUCGUUUCGAUGUUUCACCCAGCAUAUCUGGCUUAAUCCUUUCCUACAUGCUUAGCAUUUCACAAACUCUACAAUUCUCUAUUCGUCAGUAUACAGAGUUUGAACAGCACUUUAACUCCGCCGAACGACUCCAUUACUAUGGGAACUGUCUAGAGGAGGAGAAAAAGGCCGCUCUACACCCAGUGGAGGUUUCGAACACCUGGCCAGAAAAAGGUCUGAUUGUUUUUGAAAAUGUCCAGAUGCGUUACCGUGAUGAGUUGCCCCUAGUGCUCAGGGGCCUUACGAUGUCCAUCUGCGGUGGAGAACGUAUCGGCGUGGUAGGGAGAACGGGGGCUGGAAAGUCGAGUAUCAUAUCAGCUCUUUUCCGCUUAACUGAGCUCUCGGGUGGGAAUAUCUGGAUUGAUGGUGUGGAUAUAGCUACUGUUGAAUUGCAUACUCUACGAUCUCGGCUGGCUGUCAUACCACAGGACCCUACUCUCUUUCGGGGUACUAUUCGAUCCAACCUGGACCCAUUCGACGAACAUACAGAUCUAGAACUCUGGUCGGCACUCCGGGAGGCACAUUUAGUUGACCCACCGUCUGAUGGUGACGAGGAUGCAUGUCAGGUAGUGAAUGAGAAAGCGGCAGGUGCCGGCCAGUUGCAUCUUGAUUCCCCAGUGGAUGAAGAAGGGCUCAAUCUUUCUCUUGGCCAGCGUCAGCUAAUGGCUCUAGCCCGAGCUAUUGUGCGGGACUCCAGGAUCAUUAUCUGCGAUGAAGCAACUUCUUCCCUUGACUACCAGACAGACCAGAAGGUGCAACAAACUAUCUCCACCUUCCAUGGCAAGACAUUGUUUUGUAUUGCCCACCGGCUACGGACCAUUAUUCACUAUGAUCGUAUCUGUGUCAUGGAUAAAGGAUGUAUCGCAGAGCUAAACACACCUGUACGACUCUGGGAGCAACAGGGUAUCUUUCGGGAGAUGUGCAAUCAGAGUGGUAUAACACGUGGGGAGCUAGAGAGAGAGUCGCUUGGAUUGUAG